AUGUCUUCCUCGUGCCUCGAAACCAUAGAGCUUGCGCAUCUGCCACCUUCGAUGCCCGUGCAUGUCGCACUUUAUCGGGAUGUCAAAAAUGCUGCUUCUCUUCGACAACAGCUGAUCUCAGGAAACGCUGACUUUGAGUAUGCCUUCAUCGAUGCGAGCAUGGUUCUUUCCAGAGCUCAUGCUUUGUCCGCCGUCUUUCGAGCCGUGAAUGACUCGAUCAAUGGACGUCUUAAGUCCCGGAAUGUUCACUCAGAGAUUGUUUUCUCAUUCAGUCCAGCGAACAACAUCGCCGAAUCAUUCCGCAAAUUCGGCAUUGCCGACUCCACCAAAGACCUGCUAGUGAUCAAGGUCUCGAUGACACCGGACGUCACUCACGACUCAGUAGCAACCCAUCUUUCUCAACAUGUUGAAGGCUCGGCUGUGCCGUUUGACGACGAGACCCUGUCGAGCAUUGCCGAUGUGACGAAAAUCAAGAAGGCUUAUAAGCUGGGUGCACUGAAGACUCCUCCAUCCACUCAGGCAAAUGGCACACAGGGCGAUGGUAUGAGACAACUUGAACUCUCUGUCUUGGGAGCGAUUGCGUUGCGUGGGGCCACUUGAUCGGCACGUAAGGGUUGAGAUACCUUUCCUGCCAAUUUCCAUGAUGGAACAUCAACAGGCUUGUGGAAGCAGCCAUCUGCUGCUUCACGCCAUUCAACUUGCCUAUCGCAUUUUGGGUCUGUGUUAAACAUCCCCAACCAAGCUUGGCUUCGUCCAAGGCUUGUCCCGAGAGAUGCUUCUCCGGAAUGAGUGAAUUACUUGGAGCGCUAUUGCUCUAGCAGAUAAGAGACAAGGUUUUCCGGGAUCUGUGCAUGGGAUUUAGACGGAUAUUGCUCGGAGUUGCAGUGCCAUGUACAUAGUUUCUGCACAGCAAUUAACUAGAACGGAUAGCAUAGAUAUACCUGGUGGUCAAUACAUUGC